AUGACGACUGAUGGGGCGCCGGCAGCUGCGCCGGUGGCGCGGCUUGCGGACGAGUUCAGCAAACUGCCGGGAAUUGGCCCGAAGACGGCUCAGCGACUGACAUAUUACCUGGUGCGGAUGCCUGAGGAAGAGGCGCGCGCGCUUGCGGAGGCGAUCGUCGCCGUCAAGGAGCGUAUCGUGCUGUGCGGCGUGUGCUAUAACAUCACGGAGAGUGACCCGUGCGUGGUGUGCGCCAAUCCGAGACGAGACCGCAACCGCAUCUGCGUAGUGGAAGAGGCGCUGGAUGUGCUUGCGUUGGAGCGCACGAACACAUACAGAGGUAUGUAUCACGUGCUGCACGGGGUCAUUUCGCCGAUGAACGGCAUCGGGCCGGAUGACCUUCGCAUACGGCCUCUGCUUGAUAGGCUGCACGGCAGCGAUAUCGAAGAGGUGAUACUCGCGACGAACCCGAACCUCGAAGGGGAAGCGACAUCCAUGUACAUCCAGCAGCUCAUCGCGCCUCUGGGAAUACGCAUCACGCGGCCCGCGCGCGGCCUGCCCGUGGGCGGCGACCUCGAAUACGCGGACGAAGCUACGCUGGCGCGCGCGAUCGAGGGGAGGCAGGAGUUCUGA